AUGCACACUGCGCCUCUAAAGCCGUGGAAGCCUGCCCACGAUCCAUACCUCCAUACCAGCUAUGCUAGCCAGACAAAGCACGCUGUCCGGGAAGCAGAUACUACGAUUAAAGCUCUCAACUCGCACAGAAACCAUCUUAUCCGGGAUGCCCGCGCAAUCCAGGACGAGAUAGAGCUGCUAAAGAGAUUGAAGGUGGAGGCCGUCCGUCGGAAACAGAGACACUUGCAAGACGAACUAGAGCGUACAGAUCGUAGGAUUGCCAAGCAGAUCGGGAUAGAAAUCCAACAUGAUGUGAACGAAGAAAACAAGCUCACGACUCUUGCCAAAGCACGUACAGCACGGCAGAAUGUUUUACUACGCAACAAGCAACUCGCUGCAGACGUGCGGCAAGAUUCUAAGGAGCAGCUGGAGGAUCUUCGUGUACGGCGCGAUGCUUAUCUGACCCAGGUAAAGUCGGAUAGGCUCCAGGAGACGCUCGAUAGCUUGGAUCUUAAGCGCGCCUACACCAUGAAGAUGGGCAAUAAGGUACGAGAAGCCCGAGAGCGGAACAUCUGCGAGAUGGACGAACUCAACCGCGACCGCCUUCAGAAAGAACAACUUGUCCAGGACCUCCGCGCACAAGAGAUAGCUCUCCUAGAGGAUAACGAGGAGCUUCGUCGGCUAUUGAACGAGGAACGUAAGGGCAUACCUAAGACUGUCCUCGCCACGAAGGGUCGCCUAGGAAUGGUGAGAGCGUAUGAAGCAGACUUUAAUGAGCAGAUAUCUAGUCACGCGACUGUCCCUUACAGGCAUGACAUCGAAUAUAUGGGCCAGAGGACAUGCAAGAGCAUUUGGGACUGCAAGGAUCUCCCCCCUUCCGCAGCAAAGUGA